AGAGAGAGAGAGAGAGAGAGAGAGAGAGAGAGAGAGAUUGCAUGGGACAGGAGCACACCGGUCGGACUUGGAAGUCGUGAGGAUGGAGAUCCGUCCGGACCGCUUUAAGGCUCAGGCAGGGAAAACCUUGGGGAAAAUACACAGAAUCCUUGAGAAGCGACAGCAGAAUGGCGAGACGAUCGAGUUGUCGGCGGAGGGUCAACCUGAGGUGGUAGAGGAGAAGGAGCUUCCCAUCGUCGACUGCACAUGUUUCGGGUUGCCACGUCGUUACAUCAUCGCCAUCCUGUCAGGACUGGGCUUCUGCAUCUCCUUCGGCAUCCGCUGUAACCUGGGCGUGGCCAUUGUUAGCAUGGUCAAUGACCACACCAUUUAUUAUGGAAAGAAACCAGUAAUAGUGGCUGCUCAGUUUACAUGGGACCCAGAGACAGUGGGGAUGAUCCACGGCUCAUUCUUUUGGGGUUACAUCGUCACGCAAAUCCCUGGUGGAUUCAUCUGUCAGAAAUUUGCUGCCAACAGGGUGUUUGGCUUUGCCAUCGUGGCCACGUCGACCCUGAAUAUGCUGAUCCCAGCAGCAGCAAGAGUUCACUACGGGUGUGUUAUCAUGGUUAGGAUAUGCCAGGGGCUUGUGGAGGGCGUGUCAUAUCCUGCAUGCCAUGGGAUUUGGGCCAAAUGGGCGCCACCCCUUGAAAGAAGUAGAUUAGCUACAACAGCGUUCUGUGGUUCAUAUGCCGGUGCUGUUGUUGCAAUGCCUCUGGCUGGAGUCUUGGUCCAAUACAAUGGCUGGUCCUCAGUGUUUUAUGUGUACGGUAGUGUUGGGAUAUUCUGGUAUAUCUUCUGGAUUUUAGUGUCCUAUGAAAGUCCAGCUGCUCACCCAACCAUCUCACCAGAGGAAAGGAAAUACAUUGAAGAAGCCAUCGGAGAAUCCGCCGGCCUGGUCAACCCCCUGCAGAAAUUUAAGACUCCCUGGCGGCAUUUCUUUACCUCCAUGCCAGUGUAUGCCAUCAUUGUGGCUAACUUCUGCAGAAGCUGGACGUUCUACCUGCUCCUCAUCAGCCAGCCUGCAUACUUCGAAGAGGUGUUUGGCUUUGAAAUCAGCAAGGUGGGGAUGGUGUCUGCCCUUCCACAUUUAGUGAUGACCAUCGUUGUGCCAAUUGGAGGGCAACUUGCUGACUACCUGAGAUCCCACAAGUUAAUGACCACAACAAAUGUCCGCAAACUCAUGAACUGUGGAGGGUUUGGAAUGGAGGCCACUCUACUCUUGGUUGUUGGUUUCUCACAUACCAAAGCAGUGGCCAUAUCUUUCCUAGUACUGGCUGUUGGCUUCAGUGGAUUUGCAAUUUCAGGGUUUAAUGUGAAUCAUCUUGACAUAGCUCCACGUUAUGCCAGUAUCCUGAUGGGAAUCUCCAAUGGAGUGGGAACUUUGUCAGGAAUGGUCUGUCCUCUUAUAGUUGGAGCCAUAACCAAACAUAAGACACGUGAAGAAUGGCAAUAUAUUUUCCUCAUUGCAGCACUGGUACAUUAUGGGGGUGUAAUCUUUUAUGGCAUCUUUGCAUCAGGUGAGAAGCAGCCAUGGGCAGAUGCUGAGGACACCAGUGAGGAAAAGUGUGGCAUUCUUGGAGAAGACGAACUUGCCAAUGAAACAGAAGAGUUGUACAGGACUGGUGGACAGUAUGGUGCUAUCAACAAUCCGCAAACUAGUGGUCUGAAUGGAGGCGGAGCUGGCGGUGGGGCAGGAUGGGUAUCAGAUUGGGAUAAAACAGAAGAAUAUGUUCAGCCAGUCGGAAGGAAUAGUUAUCUAUACGAUGUAGAGGGAGAAAGAGAGCUCACAUAAUGGGAAAUAUAGAUUUUAACAGGUGUAGAUAAUUAGAAAGAGUAAAUCUGAGCGUUACAGGUAUAAAAUCUGGAGUAAAUAAAUACACAAUAAAUACACGUGAGUGAGUUUCCAAACUGAUCAGAUUGAUUGUUCUAUGUGAUUAUAAACAGACAAACUGAAGUGUGCGUGAAGGGUUGAGUUAUAUGUGAGUCAGAUUGAGAAUACGGUGGUGCUCUGUGAAUUAUAUGUUCAGUAUUUUAGGCUUCCUGCCAAAAUCACUGUAAUGCACUUAAAAUGACACAUUGAUAUUAGACAUGAUAAUGUUGUUGAAAUAUGAGUGUAUGUAUGUGUUUCCUAUCGUUUUAUCCAGUGCUUUAAAUGGUAAAUGGGUGUAAGCAAACCUUUGGAAUUGUAUAUGUUUAUUUGGUAAUACUUUUGUGCACUUAUACACAGUAUACAUACAAUGUUAGUGUGUGUGUGUGUGUGUGUGUGUGUGUGUGUGCGUGCGUGUGUUUAAAUGACCCACUUCCUCAUCACUGGGUCAGUGUACAAGCGAUAACAAGCAAGUUUUUGUUCUCUCAAACAUACACGCAUUUCCACAAGCUUACAUGCAUUAUAUACACACGCACUGUCAAUAUUUCUGUAACUGAGUCUGUUUUUAUGCACAUUGAAGGUUUACAUAUAUCUGUUAGGCUAAUCCCAAAUAAACAAGGAAAUUUACCAAAUGCAAGGUGACUUAACAUGGUAUAAGUGCUGGAAUUCUAAAGAUUCUGCCAUUCUAGAACGGAGGGGAAAGUUGAUGUUGUAAUCUGUGAAAUAUGUAGAUUUUCUCUCAUCAUCUACAUAUCUUUAGAGGCUUUCUGCCUCGUAAUUUGAUGUUAUUCUGCAUUAAGUGUAUGUAUUUUGUUUCUGCGCUUCUUUCCUAAACAUUUCAUUUGUUUUUUAUUAUUUUGUUUUCCUAAAUUGUAAACAAAUUGUAAACAACAACAAAUAUGAUAUUUCCCAUGGGAGAAAGAAAUAGAAGUAAUACAAUAAUUUUAAAACAGUAAAAAAUGUAUAUGUGAAAUACCCUGUGUACAAUAAAUCUAA